UAUCUCAAUGUGCUUUUCGAUCUCGUUCACUUUGGAUCCUCUUUUCAUGGCAACAAGUCUCGAGUUGACUCCCUCACGAGUUAAGUUUGCCCAGAGACGGCAUGAUUCACAUGCCCCAAACGACGAGGGAGAGUGAGACCGACAGUGACUGGCAAGAUAUGAUGAUGCUUAUAGAUAAGAAAACACCACAUCUCUUUCCAGCUACAGGAGGUUGAUAGAAUGAAGCGAUACUGAUAGGACAAAUGGAAUAAGUCGUAUGACUGCUUAGUUGAUAUCCCAGGGUUGCGUCGCUACAUAUUAAGUCGCAAUGGUUCUGGACGCCGUAGGACGCUACCGCCGUGUGACAACUAUUUCGGUGGGCUAACACUCAAUCGACUCUUUUUUUCUUAGGACUCCUCAACAUUUCUCUGUCUUACCUGCGAGCCAACUUCCAACCAUGAGUACCCCAGCGAAGAGAAAGGCAUUGUCGCCGGCCGCACCAGCCAACACAGAUAAUGCCCUCACCGGUGCGCAUUGGCUUCAACAGGGAAUGCCAGAAGAGGAUUCCGAAGACGCGGACUCCAGCCUGCUGGGUAGCGAUGUCGAAAGUUCAACUGCUUCCGUCGCCUCGAGCAUUUUCAACUACCGUAUUUUCAAUGGCCGUACCUAUCACAGCGACGCCGUAACGGACAUAGAAUACUGGGCGCCCAACGACGAGAAGCAUCUCGACAGCUUGGAGAUUUACUAUCAUGGCGUCGAGCUGCUCAACGAUCAUCAGCUACACAUGUCGCCGCUGAAAGACGAUAUCGAAUACGUUAUCGACAUCGGUACGGGCGCAGGCAUCUGGGCGAUUGAUUUCGCUGACAAGUAUCCCAACUGUGAGGUGAUUGGCACCGAUAUCUCGCCCGUGCAACCCAGCUGGGUGCCGCCCAAUCUACGCUUCGAGAUCAAUGAUGCCUCGAAAGAGUGGACUUAUAAGCCGAACUAUUUCGACCUUGUUCACAUUCGUUUUUUUGUGGGCGCCAUUGAGGACUGGAACGCCUUCUAUAGAGAGGCGUUCAAAGUCUGCAAACCGGGUGGCUGGAUUGAACAUUACGACCAUUCGCCCGUUGUAACUUCUGACGACGGAAGCGUGGUCCCGGGGUCUGCUAUGGAUACGUAUGGCAAGGUGCUCGCGGAGGCUGCCCGAAGAAUUGGAAGAUCAGUUACGCUUGCCGACGACAAUAUUAUGGAGGAAGGAUUGAAGGCGGCUGGUUUUGUUAACAUCCAGUCGAAAAGGAUGAAAAUGCCGUUAUCUCCCUGGUCAGAUGACAAGAAGUUGAAGGAGGUCGGGCUGUGUGCUUAUUCCACACUCUCGGCAGAUGUCGAAGGCGUCGUCCAGUACUUUUUCGGUAACGUCAUGGGUUGGACGCCAGAGGAGAUCAGUGUGUUUGGGGCUCAUAUGCGCCGCGAGCUGAAGGACAAGAGCAUUCAUGGAUACUACCAUUGGAAAUAUGUGUGGGCGCAGAAGCCAGAGGACGCUCAGUAAAUUCAGGCGUUCGGCCCGGGUGAGAGAGGGG